CGUCUUAAGGUAAGACGUUAGCGUGGACAGCAUGGUCUGUUAGGGGGGAACACGCCACGUUACGUGUUACUUUCUGUUACAACGUGAGCAAUAAUGUCAGCAAAGCAUGCCAAGCCCAACUUCAGCCAUCCUCAGGUGGUUGGGAUCAUGAAGAGGCUUUUCAGGCUGACGCCAUCAGAGAUCCGCUCUCUGCCGAGCUACGAUGACCAGAACCUCUAUGUGGCGUCCAUCGAUGGUGGCGAGUACAUCCUGAAGAUAAUGAACUCAGAGGACAGUAAGAACACCUCUCUGAUUGAGAUACAGACGUACGCCAUGUCCGUCCUGCACCAGAAUGGACUUCCGUCUCAAACGGCCCUACCCAACGCUUCAGGAAAGCUCAUGAGCCUAGAAGAAAUAGAUUGUGGCAAUGGCUGUCAGAAGUACAUGGUGAGGCUGCUGUCCUAUUUGCCUGGGACCACUAUUUCCAAGGUUCCUUUAACGCCACAGUUACUUUAUGAAACUGGCAAGAUGGCAGCCAGAAUGGACCAAAUCCUACAAGAGAUGGAGCACCCUCAUCUUAGCGUGCUGCAGAGAGAGAAGUUCAUAUGGAGUCUGUCAAAUGUUCCCAGCCUGGAAGCAUACAUCAAUAUCUUAGAAGGCGAUCCUCUUGAAGAGGUUGUGAAGUCUGUCAUUCAUCAGUACAAGACCUCUGUGAUCCCUAAACGCUCCAAUUUCCGCAGGUGCAUUAACCAUGGUGACUUCAAUGACCUCAAUGUGCUUGUCCAACCUGAUGAAAGUGACGGCCACAGGAUUUCUGGUAUCCUUGACUUUGGGGACAUGAACAGCGGCUACUACAUCCAUGAGCUAGCCAUCGCUAUCAUGUACAUGAUGACGGAGCACCCUAAACCUAUAGAGGUGGGUGGGUCUGUCCUUGCUGGCUGGGAAAGUGUCCUUCCCCUCAAUGAGGCAGAGAGAGAUUGUCUCUAUGUGCUAGUGCUGUCCCGCUUCUGCCAGUCGUUGGUUUUAGCUCGUCGCGCUGUGGCUUUGCAUCCGGAAAAUGCAGAGUAUCUGAUGAUUUCAUCCAGGAGGGGCAUCCGCAUUCUCCGUAAUCUCUGGGAGCUCGGGAAGGAGCAGGUGGAGAAGACAUGGUUUCAGAGUGUAGCUCAAUUCAGUGACAAAUUGUGAGAAACAUGUAAGGAAAAAAUGUAAGUUCAUACAUUUUCAACGCACAAUAGGGUGAUUCCACUACGCCUUUUGUCCAAAUCAAGUAAUAUUUUUAAAAUCACUAGUGUUUUUUCACAGGGAAAAUACAACACCGUCUGCUAAAUGACUGUAAUGUAAUGUAAUGUAAUGUAACACAUUUUACUCUUGGGAUUCAGAAUUAGUGUAGUAGGAAUACUGCAGUGUGUCGGAGAUGGGUAAUGUAGAAAAAAACUGUUUGCAACAGAAAGUAUUGUUACUCACUAGUAACAAUGGAUCAUGUACUGUUAAAGCAUGACAGGCAACAAAACAAUUUACAAAAGAAGAAGCAUUAAGGGGAAAGUGCUGAAAAGUGAGUAACUCCCCAUAAAGAGCCAUGUCUGGCAACCAUAACUGACCAUAUAAGAAGCCAUAUCACGUUUAAUAAGUGCCUAAAGUCACAAGGGCUAUACACUGCAGUGGACUUGUUUACCUUGGUGCUCCUCUGUAUGAGGGUUGUAAGCCACUUAGUUGGACGUUUGGUUAAUUUGAUUACAUACUUGACAAAGACAUAGAAGGUCUAAUAACAGCACAUCAACCUAAUUGUCUCUAUUGAUGCAUUAAACUUAAACAAAAAAAUAAAGUGUGACGACCAUGUCUAUGUCCAGCUUCUUGUGAUGAAACAAAAUGACAGGAAUUAAGUACAAUCACAACUGUAAUGUAAACUUUGCAUCACAAUUUUACCUCCAAAAGCCACAACUCACUCAAAAUGCGUAAAUCAUUUUGAAAUUAUAAAUGCAUUUAUUAACCACACACACAUGCAAUCAUCAGGGGAACUUUUUUCUAACAGGAACAUAAGUGGUUAUUUGCUUUAGAUUUGGAUUAAUCUAAAGCAAAUAAUGUUGAUAUUUGAGACAAAACGAACAUUUAACAAGCAGUGUGUCAAAUGUUUAGAGGAUAAACAUCAGCCAAUAUGAGGACAUGUUGUUUCUCUUUAUGUCAGUAUAAUAUUUGGAACUGCUGUAGAUGACUGCUAUGUCAAUCAUUUUAAAUUUGCAGUUGUACAACAAUGUAAUUCAUACAUAAUUCAAGUCCUGUCCUGAGGAAGCGUACUCACUCACUGUCACAUGUUUAUCUUCAUCUGUUCUACUGACUAAUAGCACCUCUGCUGCUGUCCAAUAGAUAAUUCAUUUGUACAGACUUUGACCUGUAUCGCAACACAUGAUUUUGGACUACGCUUCAUGUUAUGUUUCUCAGAACGACUUGACUCGUAGAUAGAAAAUCCUACUGUUCUGUGGAGGAAAAGCUUACCUCCUUGUGCUGAGCUGUUAUGUCACUUUGUACUAUGGUGCCAUACUAUACAUGCGAACUGUAAAACGCACAAUAAACUGUAACAACCCAACAGAAAAAUCCAGUAACGUAAAUUGUUUUGAAUCACAUCAUACUAGAUUUUGAUUUC